CAUGUUUGCUGCUGUCAUCACGUGAUGAUACUAAUAGGUCGAUAGGGGAUUCCCCGAACGUCAUCGGGAGUUUUUACUUCAAAAUCUGGGGAAUUUUGGGCCCAAAAUAGGCACUGACAUCACAUAAUUUUCCAACAUCGUGGAAUCCUUAUAUUCCCGGGAUGGCUGAAACCUCAGAUCCCAGCCUGCUGGAUGAUGUUUGUCCCAGCAUGCCACUGGAGACCAUGCUGAAACUGUUAGACCAGCCCGGACCACAGAGUCCCAUGGAUGAAACACAAAGAGCUGUUAUGGAAGUUCUGGACAGAGACAAUACUGCUGUCAUGGAAGUGUUAAAUAGGGACCCUACAGAGAGGGCAGCUCCUGUAGUUGUUAAUGGAGAUCCGGACACUUCCAUGGUGGGGGUUCUCAACAGUGAUGAUCAAGUAGCAGUGAUGGACGUGUUAAACAGGGACCCGUAUGCAGGGGAGGUAACUUUUGUACAAGAGACAAAAACAAACAUUCCUCCUCCAGGAGAACCAAACAAAAUUGUUUAUGUGGGAACUGUGGACUCUGUGAACAAUGAGUCUAUCACCAUCAGUGGGUCACAGCUGCCCAUGGAUUGGGACACAUUUCAAGAACUUGAGGAAAUCAUCAAGAAAGAUGCGAUGCUGUCAUCCACAACUGUGAAGCAGGAGCAGCCGGAGCACAGGGAACUGGCAGCAUGUAGGUUCCAGGCAGUAAAAGAGAAGAAACCACCGGUUAUUGAGAUCAUUGAGCAACCCAAGGCACGGAGCCUGCGGUUUCGCUACGAGUGUGAGGGGCGGUCAGCAGGCAGCAUCCUGGGAGAGAACUCCUCACCUGAAAACAGAACGUACCCAACCAUACGGCUGCUAAACUGCAGCGGUCCUGCCAUGAUCCUGGUUUCCUUGGUAACCAAGGAUGACCCACCCAAGCCCCACCCUCACAGCCUUGUGGGUAAAGGAUGUAUCCAUGGCAUCUGUAAAAUCAACGUACCAGACUGUGGGGCACCAAUCAGCUUCCCUAACCUGGGGAUCCAGUGUGUGAAGAGGAAGGAGAUCACCCAGGCUCUGGCCCAGAGAAUACGGCUGGGGAUCGACCCCUUCCACACCUACAGCAGACACAAGGGGAAGAUGGACGAGGUGGACCUGAACACGGUCCGGCUGUGUUUCCAGGCCUUCCUGCCCCACCCUCAGACUGGACAGUGCACCGUGCCGGUCCCCCCCAGGGUGUCCAUGCCCAUCCAUGAUAAGAAGGCACCCGGAGCAGCUGAGCUGAGAAUAUGUAAGAUGAACAAAGUGUCUGGCCCUGUGACUGGAGGGGACGAGGUGACACUGCUGUGUGACAAGGUCCAGAGAGAUGACAUUGAAGUGGUCUUCACAGCCAAGCCCAUGGGAAUCAAGUGGGAGUCCAGGGGAGACUUCUCACCUACUGAGGUACACAGACAGGUUGCCAUUGUUUUCAAGGCUCCUGCAUACUUUAACCUGACCAUAAAGGAGCCAGUCAGAGUCCAGGUGCGGCUGAGGCGCCCGUCCGAUGGGGAGGAAAGUGAGCCAUUUGACUGGACGUACACUCCAGUGGACAAAGAUGAACACAGUGUUGAGUCAAAGAGACGUAAGAAGAUGCCAGACUUUGCCAAGUUCCUGAACGUCCCUCCCUGCAGUGGGGCAGCAGCAGGGCCACCUCAUACACACCGGAUGGCAAGGUCCAACAUGAGAGGCAUUCCCAUGGAGACACUACAGACACGCCCAUCCCCAGCAGCUGCAGCAGCAUCGCUGCCUGUGUCCGAGGAUGUCCGACAGCUGUUGCGCAGGAAAGUCCAAGGUCAAGGAGGAUCACAGCAGCUGUUCAUGCCUCCCAUGCAAACAGGACAGUUCAAGCAAGAUCCAGACCUGGCUUUUGUCCCCUCGAGUCAGCCUCCCACCCAGCCUGUCCUGGCUGCUGCAGGCUCCGGUGCCGCUGCCAUGAGAGCUGCUCCACCAGUCUACCCACCAUCUUCUCAGCCAGCCUACCCUCCCCAGCUCUCAGGAGUCACCCUCAGUGGGCUGAUGCAGGCCACCAAGUCCAACAUCCCCCAGGCCUCCAGGGUGGACCCUACAGGUGUCGUCUACAACCCCUCAACCUUCAUCAGCAGGGGUGGGCGGAAGUCUGCCAAAACUGCAGCGUCUGCGGCUAAACCAAAGCCACCACCGACCACGACUUCCUCUGCCUCAGGGGACAAGAACAGCUUCACAACAACAGACCUGUCAUCACUGGGACUGACUUUCACACAGGUACAGGUACAGAAACCAGACCCACAGGCAGGGGCGCAGGCUGAGGUUUACCUGGAACCGUACCAGGGUGGGGAUGAGCUGUUAAACUCCAUAGAUAUCAGCUCCCUGGAGCUGGGGUCGGAGGUCACCAUUGAUGCCAACACUCAUGCUGACCUUAAUGAGUUACUGGAGUUGGUCAAACAGAACAAGGAGGAGUGAGAAGUAGUGGGGUUUGGAGAUCACCAUUCAGUUGGAAUAUGAUUGUAGGUCUGAUUUUAGCAAAAUGGUCAACUCAUAGCAGUCUUAGUACACACUGUAUCUUAAUUCUUUAUCAAAGUUGAACUUUGAUUUACAUGAGAAUUGGAAUUACUCAAAUUUACGACUGUCCAACUUCAGUCUUUGCCAAGAAAAAAAUCCACUGCUAUUGUGACAUCACCUCAUGUAGAUAGAGGUUAUAAGGUGACACUGCAGAAGCACAAAUGGCUCAUUCCUUGACAAAGACCAGAGUUCUACAGUCCAAAAUUUGGGUGAGUCCAAUUUUUGUGUUGAAAAUUACUUUUCGACUUUAAUUAAGUAUGACUUCAAGUUCAACCAACACAGAUAAACUUUCAAAUGUACUUUGAUUGUUUUAGCUCUGCGACCACUAGUUACACUGCAUGUAGAAAUGCCAUGAUUUGUACAUUGUACAAAUGUACUUUAUGCUGAAGCACUACAUGCUAAGGCAGCUAUAUAGAAUCAGGAGCUCUUUAGUGUAACAGAAUUUUCCCCACCUAGCUUACAUUGAGUAAUAUUACAUUUAUUUUGUCACGUAAUGUAGUUUGAAUGUCAGGUACAAUGUUUAAAAUGUAUAUAAAUCUUAAAGUCAAAUCUAGUAUUGAGGUGCUUUUUAUUGUUAAAACAUGGACAUUUUUGUUUUCUCAUCCAAUGUUUUAUCCAAUGUUAUAGUGAAUUUUGAAAUUUGAUAUGUAAACUUAAGCUAUAGUUCAGAAAUUUAUGAUUAUGAAUAUGGUCAACAUAAAAGUCUAGACCUGAGCAUGAAUAUAUACAUUCCAUCUCAGUUGUCAUAUUUUAUGGGUGGUGUGGUUGUUUCUGUUCAGUGCACUGUUAUUAAGUGUGAGAGCCAAGCUUUCUCAUGUCUGUAAAAUGUGUAAAUACUGCUAUACUAGCUAAGCAGGCCUGGCAUUGCUGAAAGAUGGGUACAGUAAUUUCAUGUAUGCAAAAUUUUAGGAGGUAUCGAUUCUGACUGCAUUCCCAGUGCAGAAGUAUUCUCCUGAACUUUUUGUAGGCAUGCGAGUGUUAUGAAAAUAUUUAUGUUUGUAGUCAGCCAGAGUACCUGCCUUGAAAGUGUGUCUUUUAAAGAGGUUUUAAAUUUAAAGGUACCUGUGUGACGUGACAUGUAGAAAGAGACAUGAAAAUAGACUAGGUAGAACCUUAUUUGACCAAAUUUGUGUAUGGUUCCAGAGGUGGUUUAUCUAAUAGGACGUCUAACAUAGAGACAUUUUCUACAGAAUGGGCCUGAUUAAUUCAGCAAACAUGGAUAUAGGAAGGAAGGGAGUGAUGUAGUGUUUUGAUUUGUAUAUCUACAGCAAUCAUGUAAAAUGAUGAUUCUGUUGGAGUGAUUAAGGGUCUGAAAAAUAGCUUCAUUCUCAAUGUUUCUAUUGCUGGAAGUACUAUCUACAAAUGAAUAAAUGGUGACUGCUGUGUUUUUUAUAUGUUUACUUAUAUGAUUGUUUUAACUUCAAACGUGCUCUAUGAACAAUACUAUGUUUUUAAUUGUGUACAAAUGCACCUUGAGAUGUCUCAAAUGACUGCGAAUUCAAGAAUUCAGUGGCCAUUUUUUGAGCCUGUAACAUAUUUUGUACAUAACAGAUAAAUGUCUAUUAAAAUUGAGAGUGACA